GGGGCGGGCGGCGGGAACGCAGCUGGCCAAGUCCCCGGAGCCGAGCCUCCUUCGGCGCGAGCUCGGAGAUUUUUGCCGUGGAUGCUCUGCCCCGAGUGCUCCGUGCCUCGCCAGGCUUGCCAGGGUCCGCGGCAAGACAUGCCCGAGCCAGGCGCUGCGCCGACCUCCACUUAUCAGUAAGCAGCCAAAGGCACCAUGGUCAGCAAGGACUCUGGCAGAUGCAUACUCACGACACCAGAGCAGGAAGUGGAGCCAGCGGCCUGCCUGGCCCUGGAGAUGAGAUAUGCCCUGGACCCCAACCGGCAGAUCAAAAAGCGCAACAAAGCCCUGCAGGUGCGCUUUAAGGAUAUCUGCGAGGCCCAGAAUGAGCAGAGGGACACGCAGCUGCCUUCAGGACCUCUGGGGGAGAAACGGGAGGCCAAGGCUGUGUCCUGUAGGUCGGCAUACCGUAAGUACAUGACAGUGCCCGCACGCCGAUCCAUUCCCAAUGUCACCAAGAGCACCGGAGUGCAGACCUCACCGGACCUUCGCAAGUGUUACCAGACAUUCCCGAUGGACCGCAAGAAAGGCAGUCUCAAGGGUCUGCCUGCAGCAGAUGCCUUCAAAAGUCAGAACAACGGGUUUCUAGCCGACUCAAAAGAGAAGAGUGAGGCAGGACCCAUGGAGGACCCACGGCCUUGCAGUGCAGGAAGGAUUCACAAGACCACAGCGUUAGUUUUCCAUUCCAACGAGCAUGUGAAUGCGCUGGACCAGGCUUCUGGGGUCAACUGUGCAGAGCUCUGCAAGACUUCAGAUGUGCUUCGCUACCCUGAAGCUCUAUUGCAGAACUCUCGACCUCCGUCUGAAGAGCCCAUCGUCCAACUGCAGGGGAGAUCUAAACCUGACAGGGGUACCCAGGACUCAGAGGAGCCUACUCCACUCACCCAUGGAAGAGUGUUUAAAACAGAGGUCGCCACUGUGUAUCCUCCUGCCAUCAGUACCAGGCACCCUGAGCCUGGCUUAUCAAACUCUGCCGCUGCCAGCCAAUGGUCUCUCUGCCCUGCAGAUGAGGAGCAGAGGAGGGCUGCCCACUUCAAUGGGCUGCAGGCAUCCAGCGGCUCUGCUCCAGCCUGCUCACCCCCGGUGCAGUGCUUGUCCCCAGAAUGUAGCGAACAGCCCCUGCAGACCCAGCCUAGCCCCACAGCUGGGGUGGGGGAUGAAGAGCGCCAACAAAUCGUGCCUCACACAGAGGUGGUGGACCUCAAGGCCCAGCUGCAGGUGAUGGAGAACUUGAUCAGCUCCAGUCAAGAGACCAUCAAAGUGCUGCUGGGAGUCAUUCAGGAGCUGGAGAAAGGAGAGGCCCAUCGGGAAGGGCUUUCAUAUCGGACGGGGCAAGACACAGCUAAUUGUGACACGUGCAGGAACAGUGCAUGUAUUAUCUAUAGUGUGGAGCUGGAUUUUAAGCAACAGGAAGACAAACUCCAACCUGUGCUGAGAAAACUGCACCCUGUCGAGGAAACUCAGGUCACUCCUUCGCCUUACACUCAGGAGACUUACUCCUCCACGCCCAAGCAAAAAUCUAAAACUGAGUCCAAAAAGCACGGAAGGUGGAAACUCUGGUUUCUUUAAGACUCGGGGGCUUGAGAGGACCCAGACUGUCUUUCAAAUCCACUGGAAUUUAAGUCCGUCCUUUCCCAAAACGGAUAGGAUCAAGGGAGCUGCGGCACCAACGCCUGCCCCCUGCUUCUCGCCCCGAGUACCAAAAAGGCCUUUGCACCAACAGAUUAUCAGGAGCAAGAGACUGACCAUCAC